AGGAAGGAGGCGUCCCUCCUCUCACCCCACCCUGGCCCUCUCCGGCCCUCCCCAGGGGGUUUGAGGGCCCCUUGGCUGUGCUGAUGAAUCACCAGAGCGAGUCGCCUCUUAACCAGGCCGGCUUCACCCAGCACGAGGACACGGCCCAGUGCUCUAGGUGUAGAGGACGCGUGCGCUGGCCGUCAGGAUGUUUCCAUGGAGACGGAGGGGUGGGUGACGUCGUGAACAGGGGAGACAUGUUACCGAGGGAACCCUCUUCAGAGGUCGCCGACCACCCAAGGGUGGGAGGGAGCGAUUCUACCCGAGCAGCCCAGCGUGUCGACGGGGCGACCCCACCUCCAGCUCCUCUAGGGGGGGUGGUGGAGGUCCGUAGAGGACCCAGGCUGGUCCUCCCAGAGCCCUGUACACACUGCGGACAACCCGUGCCCCCCACGACUACGGCGCCCCGGCCUUCUGGACCCCCGACCUCAGCGCUACACGGCUCCAACCAAUCGGUGAGCGGCAAGAGGGGCCGGGGUGGGGACAGUCGGUCCCCAUCCACCGCUGAGGCUACGGACAACGCCUCCUUCCUGGGCCUGCUGCUGGCCUGCCUCUCGUGCCAGUGCUCCGUGGUGCUGCUGGGUCUUCUGGAGGCGUGCUCCGCCUGCCUGCACCACCUCUGCGCCUGCUGCUGCCACUGCUGCGCCCCGUGCUGCGCCGAGGCGUGCGACGCGCCGGCCGAGGCGAUCGGCUGCCACGCCCACUGCCACGCCGUGGUGUUCGAGUCCUGCUGCGAGUCCACCGAGUGCCUGGAGUUCUGCCUGGACUGCUGCCUCAUCUGCCAUCACAGCUGACCCCCCCCCUGUCCCGUGGCAAUCGGAGC